CAAGGCAUUAUGAAAUCUCUUGGGACAUUCACGUGUAAAGCGCUCUAUAUCGUAUUCAUUAAACCGUGUCCUUGGUGGAACCAAUCAAAAUCAACGAGGUACGCCUAUACUUUCUUCCUAUUGGCUGGAACGGUAGCGUCCUGCGCGAUGUAUCUUCCCGUCGUGAGACGUGCGCUCGAAAGUAACGCCUAUUUCUGUAACAGACUUACAAAGAUGGGAAAUUGUUUAAGCAUGGAUCCGGCCUACUUAGCAGUGUACAGGAUUUGCUUUUCAAUGGCGGCGUUCUUCCUGCUAUUCGCAAUGAUUCUUUACUCAGUCGAAUUUUACAGCGACCCUCGAGCCUUGAUUCAUAAUGGAUUGUGGCUUGUCAAGUUUGGCCUUUUCUUUGGUCUUGUCCUCUGCACCUUUUUCAUUCCCAUGGAAUUCAGUAAAGUUUGGAUGUACUUUGGACUUAUAGGCACGUUCGUGUUUAUCAUUAUUCAGCUGUUUCUGCUUGUGGAUUUCACGCGAGUUUGGAACAAAACCUGGGCGCAGAAAAUGGAAAAAACAGGGAAAAGAUGCUGGUUUCACUUGGUGUUUGUAUGCACUGUUGUCCUGUAUGGAAUCUCUGCUGCAGCUGUUGUCUGCUUCUAUGUUUUCUUUGGCGCUUCACAUAAAUGCAAAACAAACAAGAUGUUUGUGAGUAUUAACCUGGUUCUCUGCGCUGUGGCAGCCGUUAUAUCAAUCCAUCCCAAGGUCCAAGAUGGCGGCUUACUACAGUCUUCUGUAGUGACAGCUUAUUCGGUGUACCUGACUUGGUCAGCACUAUCUUACAAUCCUAACGAGCGAUGCAAUCCUGUUGCAACGUACGUUUCCGAAGCAGACAUGAGACCCAACCUUAACAUUCAAGCUUCAUUAGACUUGUGCUUGUUGGUGAUUACUAUCAUUUAUUUUAGCGUUCGGGUGUCGCCAAUAACUGUCACCUUACGAGAACUGAUUGCGACUACACUUCGGCUCAUCGUCGGACUUCGCCAGCGAAAGGUCAAAGACGGCGAGGAACAGUCUCCGGACGGAGAGCGAGGCAAUGAAGCUCCGCUGCACGAAAACAAGUCUCCCCAACACGUGUUUGAAUUUUCCGACGAGAAGGUUCCAUAUAGCUACUCGUUCUUCCAUUUUGUGUAUUUCGUAGCUGCAAUUCACUUAACGAUGGUGUUAACAAACUGGUAUUCUCCAGAGGAUGGUUCAAAUAUCAAGCUAUCUAUUGCGUGGGCAGCCAUGAGUAUAAAAAUGACAUCAAGUUCUAUGUGUGUUCUCUUGUACAUUUGGAGUUUAGCGGUACCUAUUCUACUGUACAAUAAGAAACCAUGUUAGCUUUCUUCUAUGCCUUUCUCAUCAUUGUGUUGUUAUAUUAUGACGCGACGCAAACAAAAAGAAAAUACAUUCAUAUAAAUAUAUGAGUAUAAAAAUGACAUCAAGUUCUAUGUGUGUUCUCUUGUACAUUUGCAGUUUAGCGGUACCUAUUCUACUGUACAAUAAGAAACCAUGUUAGCUUUCUUCUCUUCCUUUCUCAUCAUUGUGUUGUUAUAUUAUCACGCGACGCAAACAAAAAGAAAAUACAUUCAUAUUGAAGAACCGUCAAAAUAAUUAUUUUCCGAAACAAACAAAAAAAAAGAAAAACCAGACAGAAGAAAUAAUACCAGGAGGAAAA